AGCGGCUGUGGGAUGGUGCAGUACAAAUAUAGGGAAUGUGUUCCGAACUUUAGCAUUGAUUGACUGCACCGUUAGUAACCAAAGUAAUGUAGAACAUGUGUGAUCACGACGAAGGCCGUCACUACACACGAGACUUAGCAUCGCGUUUUAGUUCACAGCUCGGGGUGUGGCGUAGGGAGCGACCAACAAUCAAUAAUCGGUGACUGCGUUGAGUUUGUUCACUGCUACAAUUGUUCCGGCUGUUCAGCGGUAUAUCACGGAAGCCGACAGCCGGGCACGGCCGGCAGCCAGCCGCGGCCGCAGCAGCGGCGACAUGGCCUCGUGGACGGAGCGCAUCCACCGGCGCGCCGCCACCCUCGGCACCGUGGUCACCGCCUGCCGCCUGCCGCUCGGCCCCUACCCGCGCCGGCUCGAGAAGGUGAAGUUCGGCUUCCCACUAGAACAAGUAUGCAAGAGCAACAUACCUGGGCCGCUUCUGGUGCUCAUCUUGAAGCUGAACAAGGAGGCACCGUUCCGGAAGGACGUGUUCCGGGCGCCCGGUCACCAGAACAACAUCAAGAAGCUUGUUCACUUCCUGCAGAACGGACGACUAGUUAACCUCGACAGCUUUAGUAUACACACGAUCGCCUCCGUGCUGAAAAAGUUCCUGCGGAUGAUCCCCGAGGGCAUCUUCGGCCUGGAGAACGAGCACCGUCUGUUUGAGAUCGUCCAGCUGGACGACCCUGAGGCGCAGCGCGAGCGCACACACCGGCUGAUCCUGUCGCUGCCGCCUCACACGCAGCACCUACUGGUGCUGCUGUUCGGCACGUUCCGCGUGAUCGCCACGCACGCCGAGCGCGCGCGCACCGGCAUGACGUCAGAGGCGCUGGGUGUCAGUGCGGCGCCCUCCUUCUUCCAAAGCUGCGUCACCGGCCGUGACGCGCGCCACGAAGACGUACUCCGCUUCAAGGUGGCCAUGCGUGUCAUGGAAGUUCCUGAUCGACAACUUCGGCCUCUCUCGACGCAGGGCGCCUGUCGCUCCUCGCCGGCGAGGCUCCACAUGGAGAGCGGCGCCAGCCCGCGGCCGAGCGCGCCGGCCCCGCUCGCCGUGCCCGAGAACACGCUCGGCUCCAGCUGCCCCCGGCUCAGCUCGGGCGGCGGCGGCGCUGGGGGCCGCCCCAUGGACGCCGAGACGAGCGGCUCGGACGGCCGACCGGGUGCAGAGCGGGCCUCUCCGAACAGCUCCUGUCUGCCGAUGGUGCACGAGCGGCAGACAGAGCGCAUGCGCACCAGGACCGAGUGGUUUCUGACGCCGGUCGACCUGUACGGUCCCGCUGGCGAUGGCGUCACACCGACGGCCGGUGAUGACGUCAUGUCGACGGCCGGUGGGCGGACGUCCGUGGUCGCGCGCACUCUCUGCGUCUCAUCGGGCGACGGCGACCGGCGCCUGGUGCGGCGCUCUUCCAGCAAGGACAAGGAGUGGCGGCUGGUGCGCCGCUCGGCCAGCAUGGAGCGCCGCCUGGUGCGUCGCUCCUCCAGCAAGGAGCAGGAGCGGCGCGAGCUGACGACGGUCGCCGGCGCCUACCGGCCCCGCCUGUGA